UCCAACUCUGUUUACUUUGAUGCACACAACCAACUGAUUUUUCAAAUCACACCAUUUCCAUUAACCCAUUUCCUUCUAUACACUCAGUCCCUCCAACCCUAAGAAGGAAGAAGCACUGAAAAUUAGAAAGAAAAAGAGAGAGAGUUACAUCAUUCAUGGCUUGUGCAGCAACAAGACCCACCUUCUCUUUUCACCUCCCCACCACUUUCUCCCAUUCCCCUCAUCCAAAACCCAAAACCCAAUUCCUCCCAAAGAUCCCAAGCAUUUCAUUGUCACUUACUCACAAGCCCUCCCACAAAUUGACCAUCACAAACUCCAUUGAUGUCUCCAAAGAAGAUAAACCAACUUCAGACCAGCCCAAUCCACCCUCUAUAGACUCCACAGACUUAGAAGAAGCCGAACCAAAGAUCGAUAAGCGCAGGCUUGAGGAGAAAUUUGCAGUGUUGAAUACUGGGAUAUAUGAAUGCAGGUCUUGUGGGUACAAGUAUGAUGAGGCUGUGGGUGACCCAUCAUACCCAUUACCACCAGGAAUGCAAUUUGAGAAGCUUCCAGAGGAUUGGAGGUGCCCAACAUGUGGAGCAGCACAGAGCUUCUUUGUGAGUAAGAGUGUGGAAAUUGCUGGGUUUGCAGAGAACCAGCAAUUUGGGCUUGGUGGGAAUUCACUCACUUCUGGGCAGAAGGCUCUGCUCAUUUUUGGGAGCUUGUUCCUUUUCUUUGCUCUUUUCUUGUCUGGAUAUUUUCUGCAAUAAUCAAUGUGAGGUAUGGGGGUACUUACUUUUUUACUAUGUGAAAUAAUAUAAUUCAAAGUGAGCUGAGUAAUUAGAGAUA